AUGUUUUACCAACCAGGAAAAACCCACCACAACCUGCCUUUCGAUCCCUUCAAGGCAUGUGUUGUGCCUCGACCUAUAGGAUGGAUAUCAACCACCUCCCCUCUCACGCCGGCUUCCCCGUCCACACAGCCAACUCAUAACCUGGCACCCUUCAGUCAGUUCACAAACCUCAGCUUCGACCCGCCAUAUGUCAUGUUUUCUGCCAACCAAACGCCCGAAGGCUUCAAGAAAGACACUGUGCGCAACGUGGAGUCGACGGCCAAGUUUGUGUGGAACCUGGCGACAUGGGAUCUCAGGGAAAAGGUCAACGCUUCGGCUCAGCAGCUCCCUUUUGAAGUGGACGAGUUUGAGCACGUAGGUUUGGAAAAGGAGUUUAGUUCUUGUCUGCCGGGUGAUGUCCAGAACCCGGUUCCGAUGGUGAGGGAAAGUCCGGUCAAAUUUGAGUGCAGUUAUCACUCAACAUUGCGACUGCCGGGAGCGUCGGUGAUGGGGGGUGUGGACUUGGUGAUUGGAAAGGUCGAAGGGGUGCACAUUGCGGACUGGGCCUUGUCGAAGGAGGGGAAGCUGGAUAUUGGCAAGACGAAACCCAUCGCGCGGUGUGGUUAUUACGACUAUGUGGUCUUGGACAAGACUUUUGAGAUGGUCAUUCCUGGAGGAGAUAAGGCAAUUUUGGCGGGGCUGGAGGGCAACGCGGAGCAGGCUCAGCAAAGCAUGGGCCGACCUCCUGACGAACAUCAUCGACUUCCAGUUUCAGUCUACCUAAUGCUCCAGCUGCCUCUUCGUGCCAGCUUCUACAUCUUCAAAUCCUUUGCCCAACCAUCACUUGCAUCUAUAACCAAAACCAGAGCCUUCUCUCCCUCAACCCCAGCAAACAUGAAGCUCCUCUAUCCAACUUCCUUGGUCCUCGACCCCGCCAAAAUAACCGGCUUCCCCACCCUCACCCUCCACCCCUACGAUGUCAAAUCCCCCACUCUCCCCUCCGAGCACCAUGACGCCGAGAUCCUAGUCACCUGGGCCAACUCCAAAGACAAUCUCACCUACGCGGUCAAGAACCUCAAGGACCUGAAAUGGAUCCAGUCCCUCGCCGCCGGUCCCAAUGACGUCCUCUCGGCCGGGUUUGACGCCUCCAAGGUCAAGAUCACCACCGGCUCUGGGCUGCACGACAAGACGGUUGCCGAACACGCCCUGGGCUUGUUGCUCAAUGCCGCGAGAAGGUUCUACGAGAUGAGGGAUUACCAACUGCAAGGGAAGUGGCCUGGUCACCUUGGUGGUCCGCAGCCAGAUCGGGAGAAGGGUACCUUCAGAACACUGAGAGAUGCCAGAGUAACAAUUUGGGGAUUCGGCAACAUUGCCAAGUCACUGACACCGCAUCUUGUGGCUUUGGGCGCGACUGUCAAGGGGCUGGCGAGGAGCAAGGGAGUGAGGGAUGGGAUUGAGGUGUUUGGUGAGGACUCGUUGGAGGACAUCUUGAAAGAGACGGAUGCAUUGGUGAUGAUUCUGCCGGGGGAUGCCUCGACGAAACAUGCUUUGAACAGGGAGAGGCUGGGGUACUUGCCAAACCAUGCGUGGGUGGUGAAUGUGGGGAGAGGAACGUCGAUUGACGAGGAUGCGUUGUUCGAGGCUUUGGAAGGGGAACAGAUUGGGGGAGCGGCGUUGGAUGUGUUUGAGACUGAACCGUUACCAGAGGGCAACAAAUUGUAUGGUGCCAAGAAUUUGAUUCUGUCGCCACAUGCUGCUGGUGGGCGGCCACAGGGUGCUGAGGAGUUGAUUGUGGAGAACCUGAGGAAAUUCUUGGGAGGUCAGGAGUUGAAGAAUAUUAUCUGA